AUGCCAAGGCCGAACAUUCUGGGGUGGGAUCUUGGAGGAGGGGUAGCUGAGAUAUGGGGCCGCACAUUCGAGUGGUCAGACAGCGUAUUUCGUGGAGCAUCAGCAAGACUCAGUCCGCCUCCCAAGAGGUCGAAAAGUCCAUUUUUUGGUUCGUUCGUGUGGACGACAGUUGGACAUGCCCGUGAAGAUGCCGAGUUAUUGUUAUGA